AUAGAUAAUCUGUGCGCGGGGUCGGUGUUCGGUGUGCGCCUCUGCGCAGAGAGACCUCAUCAAAAGCGUUUGGCCGUUCGUUGAAGUUAUUCGUUAUUCCUUAUUUUAUGGUCAGUAUUCACCGGCUUUCAUUAGUUUAUUAAUAUUAACGCCGUCCCAUCAUUUCUUCUUCUAAUAGCACCAGCAUAAUAUGAAGAUGGAGGGAGGCGUAGUUCACCCGCACCCGGGAGCGGUCGGCGUGGUGCACAGCGGAGUGCCGGGAGUCGUGCACGGGAUGCCCGUGCACGGAGCGGGCCCGGACGGCGAGCACGCCCAGCACGGGCCGCGCCGCCGCUACAACAACCGCCCUAAACCGCCUAACAACUUAGAGAGGCUGCCGUUAGACGAGGCUGCUAAGAGAGAAAUGGAAUCUCUCCCUAUGAAGACUCCGGUCUCGGUUCUCCAAGAGCUGUUGGCUCGCCGAGGAACCGUGCCUAAGUAUGAACUGGUGCAGAUCGAAGGCAUGAUCCAUGAACCUACAUUCCGUUAUCGAGUGACUGUCGCUGAUCUUGUUGCUAUGGGCACUGGACGUUCAAAGAAGGAGGCCAAGCACUCUGCAGCUAAGGCUCUGCUUGACAAGCUGACUGGUGCUGCCCCGGCUGACCCACCAGCUAAUGGAACUGUGCCCGAGACUACCGGCGGAGCGGUGGUGUCGUCGUUUGAAGACAAGCUGAUGGGCAACCCGGUGGGCUGGCUGCAGGAGCUCUGCAUGUCUCGCUUCUGGCCGCCGCCUUCCUACCAUGCUGAGAACGACGACAAUGUCAAUAGACGGCUCCCGCACGAGCGGCAGUUCACGAUCAUCUGCACGCUGCUGAAGCGCCGCGAGGUGGGCACGGGCAAGUCCAAGAAGCUCGCCAAGCGCCAGGCCGCCUACAAGAUGUGGCAGGCGCUGCAGGACAACCCGCCCGAGGCCUUCCAGCCCGAUGAGGAGGGAGUGGCGGCCCGCUACGCCGACCUGAAAGACAGUAAAAUCUCCACUCUGACUACCAGUCACAGCCACAAGGUGUCACAGUUUCACAAGCAUCUCAAACAGUCUGUCGGCCCCAACCUGGCCAAGUUGCAGGUGACCCCGCUGAACAACAAGGACUUCAACUUCGUGCAGUUCCUGCAGGAGAUCGCGUCGGAGCAGUCGUUCGAGGUGACGUACGUGGACAUCGAGGAGAAGUCCAUGUCGGGGCGCUGCCAGUGCCUGGUGCAGCUGUCCACGCUGCCCGUGGCCGUGUGCUACGGCAGCGGGCUCAGCAGCAAGGACGCGCAGGCCUCCGCCGCGCAGAACGCGCUCGAGUACCUCAAGAUCAUGACCAAGAAGUGAGCGGCCGCCGCGCCUCCCGACACCGGCCGGGGACCAGCCAACGUCUCCGGGGACCGGCCAACCUCUCCGGGGCUCAGCCAACGUCUCCGGGGACCGGCCCACAGCCAGCGUCUCCGGUGAACCUGCCCCGGGCCGCUGUCGCUAGGUCACAGUCGACACUCCUAUCACCACUUCCCAUUUGAAUAUGGCACGCCUGCCGGUAGCGCUUCGGGCUAUGCUUUAUAACUGGCACGUUUGCAGUAUCUUACUUGUGAUUUUAUUUAUUGUUCUGGCGUUCGAUUCCUUUCUUUGUUUUAAAUAAAUUAUUUCAGCAAGUGACUUCUCACUUGUACUACUACUGCCAACGUGCGAGGGUAAAUCGCAUAGCCCGUAAACAUAAUGAAACAAAGUAUGGAGUGGUCAUAUAACAUAAUACAAGCUAUACUUUGCAUAGAAUUAGUGUAAUUUUCCCAGCGUGGAAAUUACUAAAAAAAAAAAUACAAAAAAUACAAAAAAAUAUAAAAAAUAAGUAUAAAAUGUAAAAAAAAGUGUGGACUAUAAUAUUUCCAGUUUAAUAUUCAGCAUUAUUCUAGGCAUGUUUUUGAAUUCAUAUCUAAAACGAUCGUUAUUAUUAUCAAUGAAAAAAAAAAACAAAAUGUUAGCUUUUAAUGUAUUAUAGUAAUCAUGGCAAAGCCUAUUAUAUUUUUACCUUCACAGAUUUACUUCUGGUUAGGUUUAGUCUGGUGUGUUAUGAAAUCAACAUGCUGAGCAUUAAACGGAAAAUUAAUUCUCAGCUAAUAAUGUAAUGUAAUGUCUUGUUGACGAACCGCCCGGCCUUUGCUUUGUAACGAGCUGCCAGAUGUGGUCCUUUACUUGAACUUAACUGAACUUUUUACAAAGUGCAAGGGUUGGAUUCUGCAGAUGACUCGAGUGUGGUGGCAGGAUCGCGAAUAUUUUAGUUAUAUUUUAAACCAGUCACUGAGGUUUUCUUUUGAACGCAUGACGGAAAACUUUGCAGGGAAGCUGAGAACUUUGUGUCAGAGUGAAUAUAUCACUGGUAUAAGCGGUUGCGGAGUUAGGAUCCCUUGCCUGUGAAAAUGGGCAUUAUUUUAAUGCAAAGUAUAGAGGUUGUAACAUUAGUACCUGUUCAGCAUCGUCGUUCGUGCUCGGAGGACACUCGGCACAUACGAGGGUUCUGCGCACCGAGUUUCUUUUAAAUUGAAUGGUGUGUCCACCUGCCCUACCGUCGCACUGUUCAAGUUGGAAAAAACUUAUCAGAGUAAAGGAUUGGAGUUCUGUUCAACCAAGACCGACUAAAUAUUGUACUCCCAGAAGGGCGUAGUUGUUUAUUUUUGUGUUUAGUGAGUCUUGGUUUUACUUCUUGUGAUUAAUCUCAAGGAUAACUGUUGUAGAAUAUUGUCACUAUUGUGAACACUUUGAAUUCAUAUUUGCGUAGAUGUACGUUUUAUUUUAAAUGCCGUAAGAUAUAAUUUUGUCAAUGCACUGUUUGCUCUAAUUAAAAUAAAAUUUUGAUGUUGCUUAACUA